AUGUCCGGGUUGUUACAAAGGCUGCAAAGACGAGUGUGGAAAAUUGCAGUGCUUUUACUCCUGUUCAUCGACUUCUUAAAUAUCCUGGCAGCACAGCAUGCUUUAGGACGGAUCCGUCCAAUUGUUGCACAAAGUGGCAGCUGGGACGAUUCGAAGGGCGCCUUGAGACAACUUGAUGCGCUUCUAGACUCGCUUCAUGUCAACUGGACGAUUGUUCUAGACGGAACUACUCAUACUGAUGAGAUUGCGAAGCAACCAGGAUCCACUGGCUGGAUUGCCACCCCUAGGGGCACGACAGAAUUGAGACGCAUUCCAUACCUUUCACGCAUGCGGAAUCUAUCUUCUCAAACCGCUUGA